CCUUCCCCUUCUCCCUCCUUCCUGCUGCUGCUGCGAGUGCGCCUCCGCCGGCCCGGGAGGGGAGAGCGAGGCCUGCGCGGAGAAGCAGCAGCAGCAGCCGGAGCAGACGCCGCCGCCGCCGCCGCCGCAGCCCCCACCAUGAACAAGUUGAAGUCAUCACAGAAAGAUAAAGUUCGACAAUUUAUGAUCUUCACACAGUCCAGUGAAAAGACCGCUGUGAAUUGUCUAUCUCAGAAUGACUGGAAGUUAGACGUUGCAACAGAUAACUUUUUUCAAAACCCUGAACUGUAUGUACGAGAAAAUGUUAAAGGAUCAUUGGACAGAAAGAAGUUAGAACAGCUAUAUAAUAGAUACAAAGAUCCUCAAGAUGAGAAUAAAAUUGGCAUAGAUGGUAUACAGCAGUUUUGUGAUGACCUUGCGCUUGACCCUGCCAGUAUUAGUGUAUUGAUUAUUGCCUGGAAGUUCAGAGCUGCAACACAGUGUGAAUUCUUAAGGAUGGAAUUCAUGGAUGGGAUGACAGAACUAGGAUGCGACAGCAUAGAAAAGCUAAAGGCCCAGCUUCCCAAAAUGGAACAAGAAUUGAAAGAACCGGGAAGAUUUAAGGAUUUUUAUCAGUUUACGUUCAACUUUGCAAAGAAUCCAGGGCAGAAAGGUUUAGACUUAGAAAUGGCCAUCGCUUACUGGAAUUUAGUACUUCAUGGAAGAUUUAAAUUCCUAGACUUGUGGAACAAAUUUUUAUUGGAACAUCAUAAAAGAUCUAUACCGAAGGACACUUGGAACCUCCUUCUAGACUUCAGCGCGAUGAUAGCAGACGAUAUGUCAAAUUAUGACGAGGAAGGAGCGUGGCCAGUUCUUAUUGAUGACUUUGUGGAAUUUGCACGCCCUCAGAUCGCUGGCAUGAAAAGUACGACAGUGUAGCGCUAAAUGGACCUUCUAGAGUGUACAUAGCCUGUACAAAUAAACACACUGGGGGAAAAUUGCACAGUCAAUUUCUGCCAACUGACUGAACAGGACUGAAGACCAAUCCUCAAGAAAUAAAGGCUGAGGGUUGAGGCAAACCUCUAAAGGAUCUACCUUGGACCAUAUCAGACUACGGGUGGUUUGGGCUUCUCUCCUAGCCUGGGCCAUUCUGACCGAUUUGAAAACUCCAGCAUUGUGGAUAUCAUCCUUUUUGGGUUGCUUUUUUUUAAAACCGAACAUCUGAUCCUUUCCAUAAAUCUUAAAAAUGUUUUUUUGGAUGGUUCUUCUGAAAUAUCCGAUUCCACCUAAAGCACAUGCUGUCUUCACCAAGCAAGCUCUGGCAUGAGAAUUUCACAGAUCAGCGUCACAACCUGACCGUUUUAGUUUCAUUUUGUUUUUUUAAAGGGUCUUCAAAUAACAUGCGCUUGGGCUAGCGGGAAAGACCACACUGAGAGUAUCCUAAAACAGUGAUAUGUGGUUUCCUAAGGUCUACGCAGUUGUCAGCAUGAAUGGCGAGGUUGCCGCCUCCAUUUCAAAGCAGGUGUUGAAAGCAAAACUUGCCGUGUUCUCCCCCUUCAAUAUCAGGCUCUCCAGCUGUACAGGUGCUUGACUUUCCAUGUUUGAAACACAACAGAGGUACAGGGCACUUUGAAGUGCUGGUAUUUUAAUGAUUUUUGGUCAGAGACACUGGGUGCCUAAUGUUGAAAGUCGAACCAUUCUGUAGGGUUCUUGGUCGCUGGGCCAUGUGAUGUUUUACCGAGUCUCCACCCGUUCCUGCACUCUUCCUCCUCUUGUUCCCAUGUUCCUCUGAACGACUUCCUAUAUAUCUUCCAGCUCUAGCCACCUGAAGGAUCACAAUCUCACACGUACAGUCUCCGUCUGCAAUAGUGGCACCUCCAACCCCAUCCCUCCAUUUUGCCUUUCGGUUCAAUCUUAUACUAUUACUUGGGACGGAGUCAAGUAAUGGCUUUCUGGAAUUGGAACACUUCAUGGAAAUGGAGUUAGUGAGUGCGUCUGCCAUUGUUCACAUAACUCUGUGUAUCUGUCCAUUUUUUUAAACAACCAGAUGGACAGAGUUUCGGCGAAAUGGGCUCUGUGCCAUUUCUAAUUUCCAAUAUUUUCUAAAAACAAGGGCCGGCCAGUUUUAAAUUGCUCCCAACCGCUCUCCAAGUUGCUCAAUAAAAUUUUGUAACCUUGA